AUGCGCCUCCCGGUCGUCAGCAGGUACGCGAGCAUGCGGCCCGGGUUCACAUUCGCUCCCGAGGGCGGUCACCCCGCGGCGGUCCGACGUCCUGCGAGUGCGUGGGUGCGAGUCCAGCAGGACAUGUUUGUCACCAUGACGGCGGCGACGGUGUGGUACAGCACCCCAAGCGGAUUCCGCGGCAGGUCGCUGCCCGAUAUUACCAAGUGCGGCAUCGGGUCUCCCAACAGCACGCAGCCCCCGCAGUGGUUCCAGGGCGUCAACCGCGAGGAGCAGGCCUGCGCCGCCGCGGCCAUCCUCGUCCUCGGCGUCCUCGCCAGCGACCGCGCCGAGCCCGGCACCUGGGCCAACGACUGCCGUGUCGUUCAGGAGCGCUACGACCUCCCGUGUCAGCCGGGGGGCGACACCCUGCGCGCGGUGCUGGCCACGGCGGGCCUGACGCCGGCGGGGUCCAGCGAAGGGUACAGCCUGGAGGCGGUGCGGGGGAUGAUCGACGAGGUGGUGGCGCGGUGGGGCGUGCCGUCGGAGAAGAAGAAGCUGCCGGUGAAGCUGGCCGUGCGGCUGAUCGACUUCUGCAAGCACAUCGUCCGCAGAGCUGCGAACCCGCUGAAUCUCGAGCGCCCCCCGGACGAGCUCGAGCUCGCAGAGCUGAAGGCCGACUCCAAAUUCCGCAUCGAGACGCUGCGGGAGUUGGACUACCAUCUGAACUUCGUUGUCGACGACGAGGACGGCACCGCCCCCAACCUGAUCAGGAAGGCGUGCAAGCAGCUAAUCUUGGCGUGCACGGGGCGGUUCAACGCCCCGGCUUCCGCCAAGAAGAAGCCCCGGCAGUGGGAGCUGGCCGUCUGUACCUCGCAUCUCAACCCGACUCCGGUUGAGAUGGCGGCGAAAAAGCGUGACCGCACGCACGUCAUUCACGGCGCCGUUGCCGCCGUUGCGGCCCUGCGCCGCUGGACCCGCAACGGCCGGAUCGACGUCCCGGCGGAGAUCGCGCUGUUCGAGUUCCAGGGCCUCCCGAACAUCCGCAAGGCCUGCGAGGACCUCAUGAAGGACCCCAGCGACGACGAGCUGCAGCGCGUGCCGCUGAUCAAGGACGCCGACAAGAAGCUCGCCCGCGCUGCUGCAGCGGCGCUGGUGCUGGGCACCAUCGCGACGGGGUAUACAGAGGACAAUCACAGACUGUCGCGGGUGCUGACGCAAAAGAGGGAGGAGCUGGAGGAGUGCUACGACAAGCCCGGGCAUAACGGGGGGGCCUCGAUGCGCGCGGUGCUGGCCAAGGCAGGCCUGACGCCGCCGGGCUCGAGCGAGGGGUACAGCCUGGAGGAGGUGCACGCGAUGAUCGAGGCGGCCCCGUUGUUUGACGACAAGGACCCGGACCUGGAGAUGAAGUGCGGCUUCAUGCUCCUGGCCUUGUGCAAGGGCUUCGCGAGGCGCACGCUGCGCAACCCCAGGGAGGUGCCCGGCUGGGAGGACCAGGAGGAGGACGAGGUGGGCAGAAUGGUCGACAAUUUGGGCCUCCUGCACCUCGCGGCGGAGCAGAUCACGGGCACCACGAUCCAGACCUUCCACGAGGUCUUUGCGACCAUGUGCCGCGCCAUGAUCGCCAAGCACGCGGCGCGGAAGUCCAACCCGACGCCCUCCGCUGGCGCCCCAGAGCCCGCAUGCAUGUCUGAGGACAAGGUGGGCAUCUGA